AUGACAAACCUACCACCCAUCACCGACCGCUCCUACGGCAUAAUCGCACUUCGAUACUUACCCAACCUUCCACUAUCCAUACCACCACCUCCUCCAACCACAGCCAAUACCGAACUUCUUCUCAUCCGCCAAAAGACUAUUUGGGAAAGUGUUCCUCCAUUUUGGUGCUUCCCGAAAGGACAUGCUGAAACCGGCGAUGCAUCUACCGUUCAUACCGCUAUCCGAGAGCUUGAGGAAGAGACAUCUUUGAAAGUUAAACUUGAGGAUAUCUUGAGAUUUGAUUCGAUUGGACACACGGGGGAAAUUGAGGGUCAAGAAGCAAAGGAAUGGGAUGGAAGUUUUUCAGAGAGGUACAUAAAUCCGGUUAGGAAGAAUGGAAAGGAGGCUAGGUUCUGGCCUGCGUUGGUCGGGAAAGAAGAGGGAGAGAAGGAACUGAAGUUACAGGAGAAGGAAGUUGCGGGGUAUAUGUGGUGUUCGUGGGACGAGGCGUUGGAAAAGCUGACUUAUGACGAAGCAAAAAAGACAUUGAAGAGGGCGUUGGCGAUGUUCGAGAAUAAUAGAAAUGUUGACGGGGAGGUCAAGGCCAAAGUUUAA